GCGGGGCAGGAGGCCUCAGACUCCGGGGAACCCCGUCAGACUGAUGUCACAGUCUGCAGACAGCCGAGAGGCGGAUCCGUAGGAGCCACCACCAGCUCCACAGCGUGUCUGUCUGAGCAAAAUGAAACAUGGAUGAGGAGGUCGCUGAAAGUUGGGAGGAAGCUAGCGAUAGUGGGGAAAUGGAAAAGCGCUUGGAAGAGAAGCUACGCAUCAGCCAGAAAGAAAAGGAGUCCAGUAAUUCGUCACGUUCUCCGUUGAGGACAACCAUGGUGAUACAGGAUGAAUCUUUACCAGCAGCGCCCCCACCUCAGAUACGCAUUUUGAAGCGGCCUGCCAGUAAUGGCUCACUGGGAUCGCCCUUGAAUCAGAACAGACCCACACCGCAGGUCAAGUCCCUGGCCCAGAGAGAAGCAGAGUAUGCUGAGGCCAGGAAGAGAAUAUUGGGCAGUGCCUGCCCAGAGGAGACACCUCAGGACAAACCCAACACUGACAGGCCAGGGCGCAAUAACUCAACAAUGCCUUCAGAGGACACCCGAUCAAACAAUCACACUGUCCGUCAGCCAGCCGGCCCAGAUGGCACCCAUGGGUUCCGACAGCACAGAUAAGUGGGCCAUUAGGACCACACAGCCAUCAAGGGGAGAGAGAGAGAGAUCAAAGGCCAUCGGAGAGCAAAGCAAGUACUGUAUUCUUAAAACUUCCCACCCUCAGUUCCCAGAUAUCAGCUGUAAGCACAGCCGCACUAAUGCCCACCUCUUCCCACUCACGCGGACCUGACGGGCAGCAGGGAACUCCAGGAGGAAGUCAAAUAGAAAUGAGCUCUCUUCUCUCCCCACUCCAGUUAGGACUAGGCACUGUGAUUAUGGACAUCCUCUGGACUCACUGUGAUGAUCCCCUUUAAGAGACACCCCGCACCUCCAUCUCUGUCCUCCGUCAGUGCCCAGCGGCUCCAUCUAAGGACGCCAAAAGGGCACAAGUAAAGACUGAACAAAGGAUGGUUCAGAGAGGAGGAGAAAUGAGGGGCCAUAUCAAAAUGAGAUGAGCUGGUACUUGUGCAGCAACUUAUUCUCAGCAAUAACAAACAUCACCUUUCAUGUUUUUAAUUUUUUUUUUUUUUAAAUGUUGGCUCUCUAAAAUUUUAUCUUUGUUUUUUGCUCGCCAUUAUCAUUACUAGGGAUGCUCUGAUAUCUAACAAAAACAUAGACAAGUACUUCAUUUUAUCAUCCAUGCCCCACCACAAAUCUGUUCAAUAAAACAGUAUUUAAUAAUGAGGCUUUUUGGUGGAAAUGUAUGACAUGGCAUCGCUGUUUGGUGGUAAAUGGUUCAUAUGUUUUAAAUUAUCAGCGCAUCCCUAAUAUGGAAAUUGCCAUUUGUUUUUUGUUGUUCUUAAACUGAUGGAAGGGGUUCGGUGUGUCAACUUGUAUAUCUGAUGAGUUCUGUUUACGGUUUGUAUUUUUGUUUUUUAAUUCAUCUUUUCAAACUGUCUUUCUUGGAUUGUCACUUAAUUUCUUUUUAAAAGAAACAAGGCAAAGGAUAAAGUGGAUAGAAGUCCAUUUUUAAGUAGCAUUUCCACUUUUUUUAAGAAGAUGGCAGCGAUGCCAGCAGUAUCUCAGUAUCUUUAAAUGAAACGAACCAAAAUCCCUUUUAAAAUGAUCUCAAAAUGUUAUUUGAAGGUGGUGUUGGCAGCAACUCAAAGGAGGGUGAGAUAGAUUUACUGCUGUACUUCACAGACCUCUCUGUUGUAUCUCCACAUCCUCCUCUGAAGUGCAGCAUUUAGGAACUCAGGUGCAUGUGAACGAGACUGAAUGAAUGAAAUGAACUAAGAUUGUAUUUUUCCAGCAGGUUUGAUUUCUCAGACAGCUGAUGUCCGUAUUUAAGCUUGGGUUGGCGCUUAGAGUGCUCUGUGGAAUGACCUGUAACUGAAAUGGUGUCAAAAGAUGAAUGAAUGCCAGGUGUUUUUGUUUGUUUUAUCUGGACUAUCAGCAUCAUGGUCACAGUGGGGUUCAAAAUCCC